CGACGACUAACCUGAUAUUAGACACCACAGAAGAAGAAGAGGCUGAACAUCUCCACUGCUCCUGCAGCAUCUUUCAUUAUUUCAGUUCUGUUUUUUAAAUAUAUUUUUGAGGAUGGAGAGUGUGCGUGCCGUCGUCUACCUGUCCGUCUGUCUGUCCGUGCUGACAUCGCUCUGUCAGGGUCAAAGGUCGGUCGACAACCAGCCGCCAUCGGCACCGGACGAGCCGCUGCUCAGACUCACGACCAGAGAGCUGGCCGAGGCUCUGCAGGGUCUCCUGGAUGAAGCCGACAGCAGCCUCGGUCUCUCUGUGGAGAAGAAAGCCAGUGUCAUCCCACGGUGUGACGUAGGUGAGCGAUGUGCGAUGAAACAUGGACCUCGCAUCGGUCGUCUGUGCGACUGUCUGAGAGGGACGGCCUGCAACACCUUCUUCCUGCGCUGCUACUGAACACACACACACACACACACACACACACACCUGUACUUCUGUGUUUGUGACGACAUGAUCCCUGACCCUCCAACAGAAGAACUGAGGACCAGACUAAAUGUCCUCACUGUGCAGCUCUACAGCUGGUCCUCACAAAGAUAGAAGCGCGCGCACACACACACACCUGACUGUCUCUGCAUGUUUCUUUGUUUUAAAGUUUCCGUGUCUGUCCUCAGAUUCAUUUAUUUUUUUUAAAUAAAGUUUGUUCAUAAAGCUGCACGCCUCCACUGACCUCAUC